AUGGAGAAUCUUAAGAUAUUUACGAUGAAAUAUAUAGACGAAGUGAUGUAUUUUGAUGAUUUAAAUCUUUAUUGGAAAAAACAUUUAAUUCCUGGAGGCCUUAGAGCGUUGCAAGUUAUAGAACGUUUGAUUAGUGAUUUUGAAGAACAUUUAUUGAAUGAAGAAAAGCAUGAGAAAAAAUAUUGGGAAUUGAUUAGAAGAGUUUAUAAUUGUAAAUUUAAUACGAUAUCAAAAGACAAAGAUGAGAAAGAAAUGAUGAAUGAACUUUGGAUGUUUUGUUUUGAUGCUUUAAAAAAGGAAUUUUGGAUCAAAAGGUGUAAUGAAGUUAACGAGAUAGAACAGAGUUUAGGUAUUAAAAAAUCAGAUAAAAGAGUUAGAAAACUUAAAGCUAAAGACAUUGAGAGUGAAGAUAAAAAUUUAGAAAAUCAGAAAAAAAAAUUAAAAAUUGAUGCAAAAUAUAAAAAGAGAGAAAAUAAUAUUAAAUUAGUAACAAAAAAUAGAAUAAUUAGUAGGUUCACAGAGGGAAAAGAUACGAAAAGUUGGAAUUUAAUGCCAAAUUAUAGAGGGUAA